AUGUCCCACCCCAGCACUCUGGAUUUAGACAGAUACAAUAACACCGAGAGGACUCGUCGCUCCACCAGUCAUAGCCAGUCCAGGACGCAGGCCAAGAACGGAGAUGUCCUGUGUGACUUCUGCACAUCAAAGAAGCAGAAGGCUGAGAAGUCUUGCUUGGUGUGCCUGGCAUCUUACUGUGAGACUCACCUCCAGUCCCACUAUGACUAUCCAGCCCUGAUGAAGCACAAACUCGUCAAAGCCACAGGUCAGAUGAGAGAGAAGAUCUGUGCACAGCAUGAUAAGUUGCUGGAGGCUUUUUGUCGCACUGAUCAGACAUCAGUGUGUGUUCUGUGCAUGAUGGAUGAGCACAAACACCAUGACAUCGUCCCAGCUGGGACGGAGAGGACUGAGAAACAAAAACACCUUGGUACCACACUGCAUCAAUCUCAGUACAGGAUCGACCAGAGAGUUAAAAAGUGGCAGGAUCUCCGACAAGCUGUGGAAUCAGUUAAACACUCUGCCCAAACAGUCCUUGAGGAGAAUGAACGGAUCUUCACUGAGCUUCUGCUUUCCAUAGAGAGGAAGUACAAUGAAGUCAAGGAGAUGAUACGCUCCCAUGAGAAGACCACAGUGACACGAGGCGAGAUACUGCUUGACCGUUUAGAGGAAGAGAUCACACUUCUGAGGAAGAGACACACUGACCUGGAGAAGCUCUCGCACACUGAUGAUCACAUACACUUUCUCCAGAGUUGGCAGUCUCUGUCAGGCCCCUCAGGAUAUGAAGACCUCAACAACGUUAGUGUCGCUCCGUAUUACUCUUUUGAUGCUACCAAGAGAGCCAUUGCUGCAUUGAAAUUACAAGUGGAGGAAAUAAGCAAGACAGAACUCAGCAAAAUCUCAGCAGCAGUGAAGGAAGUCUACAUCACAAAAGAGGAUGACACAAAGACAAGGAGGGAAUCAAUUUUGAGAGAAGAGCCAAGGACAACAGAAGAGCCAAAGACAAGAGAAGAUUUCAUGAAAUACUCUUCCCAGUUGAUUCUGGAUGUCAACAGUGUCCACCCCAACCUCCACCUCUCUGAGGGUAAUCGAACAGCUACGAUGAAGAAUGAUCCUAAGCAUUACCCAGAUCACCCAGACAGAUUCGACCACUGGCAGCAGGUGUUGUGCAGAGACAAAGUGAGUGGGACUCGUUGCUACUGGGAGGUGGACUGGAAGGGGACAGAGAUAGAUGUGGGUGUUACCUACAGGGGCAUCCGCCGUAAAGGAAACAGCAACGAGUGCAGCCUGGGCUGGAAUGACAAGUCCUGGAGCCUCUACUGCUCCGAGUCCAAAUUCUCUUUUGUGCACAACAACAAGAGCAAAGACAUACCAGCUCCAAGAUCAUCCCGCAUCGGGGUCUACCUGGAUCACGCAGCUGGGACACUAGCAUUUUACAGCCUGUCUGAUGACACGCAGCUUCUGCACAGAGUCCAGACUACAUUUAAAGAGCCUGUCUACCCUGCAUUCAGUAUGUGGGGGUUUGGUACUAGUAUAAGACUGUAG